AUGGCGACUAGCCGACUCCUUGCGUUGGAAGAGAGGAAGAAGAGGCCAGAAAGGAAGGGGAAGGGAGGCACUGGUUACGGGUCUGGAACGAAGCAGGGUGGUGGUGGUGGUGGUGGCGGUGGCGGCGUGGGGGUUCAAUUUGGAAUCGCAUGCUUCUGUAUUUGGGGAUCUAUGGUUACUGUCGUCUUGUUGGGAUGUCGGAUUUGGGAAGUUACUGUGUUGCGAAAGGGAGGGAUGAUUACCCAAACAAGACUAUGCACUGCGAAUUAUCAUAGGCCGCGGCAAAUGAUAGAAAGAACUCCGUACUUAGGCACGGAGUAUUCAAGCGCACGAUCAUGUCUUCAAAGCGAGAGCGAGCUCGAGAGCGGUGGUGGAUGGGAAAGAGAUUGCGAUCGCUGGGCCGCCGAAGGGCACUUGAUUCACAAUCAUACGAUUUCCUACCCUCGUAUAUCUUGA